UGGUCGCUCUUGCUUAUCCUCUCUAUGGCUGUCCCAGAAUUUCUAUGGUUUACGCCGCGGUGCACUCUGGGAUCGUGGAGGAGCAAUGGCGCGUCUGCCUUAGCUGGGACCGUGGCGGGCGUUGAGUAUUUAAAAUGACUACAGCAGCCAGGCCGACGUUUGAACCCGCAAGAGGAGGGAGAGGGAAAGGAGAAGGCGACUUAAGUCAGCUCUCCAAACAAUAUUCAAGUCGAGAUCUUCCUUCUCACACUAAGAUCAAAUACAGGCAAGCCACUCAGGAUGCCCCUGAGGAGGUGCGCAACCGUGACUUCAGGAGGGAGCUGGAGGAGAGGGAGCGAGUCGCCGUCAGAGAGAAGAACCGAGACCGGCCAGUGCGAGAACACACAACCUCCUCCUCGGUCUCUAAGAAACCUCGACUGGAUCAGAUUCCCGCUGCUAACCUGGAUGCCGACGAUCCAUUAACAGACGAGGAAGACGAGGAUGAGGACUAUGAGGAGGAGAGCGAUGACGACACGGCAGCUCUGUUAGCUGAACUCGAGAAGAUCAAAAAGGAACGGGCUGAAGAACAAGCCCGAAAGGAACUGGAGCAGAAAGCUGAGGAAGAGAGGAUACGGAUGGAAAACAUCUUGAGCGGGAACCCACUGCUGAAUCUUACCGGUCCGGUCCAGCCACAGGCAAACUUCAAAGUGAAGAGGAGAUGGGACGAUGACGUCGUUUUCAAGAAUUGCGCCAAGGGUGUCGAUGAAAUGAAAAAAGACAAAAGAUUUGUCAAUGAUACGCUGCGGUCAGAAUUUCACAAAAAGUUCAUGGAAAAAUACAUCAAGUAAUACGUGUUUUGUGUUCAUUUUAAGAGUCCUGUUUGUUGGUAGGUUGGACAGAGCCAGUCUCUUCCCACCUGAGAAAUCUCGUGGUCUAAUAGUGAGAACCUGAAACACAGGUCGGCUCUCUCCCAAGGUCGCGCUCAUCAUUUUAACUUAAUUCAGCAUCUGGAAUAUCUACUGUGUUUUCUCUUGUUCCAGCUAGGCUGGCUUCCUUCCCAGAAAUGUAUGUCUGUUGAUACAGUGGCCUUUCUGUAAAUGCUUUGAAACUGGUUUGCAAUAAAUCCUUUGUCCCAAG